AUGAUCGUCCCGAAGACUUGCCUGGCACCUCGUGGGUGCCCUGGCGAGCUUUCACGGGCAUGUGUCCAGGGAUUCCAUGUUCUCCGGUGUGGUGCUCAGAAGCAUCAUGUCACCUAUGCGGUGGCCAAGGGUAACACAACAGAGUUUGUAUAUUCCACCCGUGGCCUCAUGGAUAUGAUCCGAAGUCAAGAUGUCAUUCGAGAUUGGGAAAGCAAUGCUGUGCCUCACAAGGGGCCAGAGGUGACUCCAAAGAAGUCAGAGCAUGUGGAGAGCAGCAAGCAGUUGCCGCCGGGGAGUGAGCAAAAGAAAGCCGAGACCAACCCAAAGAAGUCAGAGCAUGUGGAGAGUGGCGAGCAGUUGCUGCAGGGGAGUGAGCAAAAGAAAGCCGAGACUACUCCAAAGAAGGCAGCGCCAGUUCAGGCCCAUGCUACUCCUGAAAAGGCAACGCGUCCCAAUUUCGGAGGCAAGACCAUACGAGCCCUUCACUGCAAGAAUUGUGAGACCCCACGGACGGAGCAUUUUAGGAACGCUUUGUGCCCGGACUGCACCGAUGGGUUCCGCAUGCCGGGUCGCAGCCGCUGCGAAGCCAAAUGGACCCCUGACAUGAAGAAAGAAGUCGCAGAAGAAUCGGCCAAGAAGCGGGCCAGGCGUGCUGAGAAGACAAUGACGCCGGCAGAAAAAACCAUCUUUGAGAUGCAAAAGGAGCUGAUGAAGCGAUUGAGCAGCGAAGGCUGA